CUAGUGGCUACCAGCCUACUAGUACAGCACAUCGAUCCUACGGGCAUGGAGGACAAGGUGUUGCUCGCUGUGGGCGCAUCCCUUGUGUUGGUCUUCCUGUCCAAGCUGAUAUCAUCAUAUGCCAAGAAGCCGAGACUGAACCUGCCGCCGGGGCCAUGGACGCUGCCGCUGAUCGGCAGCGCCCACCACCUCGUGUCCUGGAGCGAGAGCGUGCACAGCGUCAUCGGGAAGCUGGCCCGGGAGCACGGCCCCGUCAUGCAGCUCUGGUUAGGCGAGGUGCCCACGGUGGUCGCGUCGUCGCCGGAGGCGGCGCAGGAGAUCCUCAGGGACCACGACCUCAUCUUCGCCGACCGCCACUUGACCAGCACCACGGCGGCUAUCACCUUCGGUGGCACGGACGUGGUGAUGGCCCAGUACGGCGAGCGGUGGCGCCACCUCCGCAAGCUGCUCACGCAGGAGCUGCUGACCGUGGCGCGGGUGCGGUCAUUCCGGCGCGUCCGCGAAGAGGAGGUGGCGCGGCUCGUGCGCGACCUGUCGGCCGCCGCAGCGUCCGGCGCCACCGUGAACCUUACCGACAUGGUGAACAGGUUGGUCAACGACACCGUGCUCCGGUGCUCCGUCGGGAGCCGGUGCAAGUACCGUGAAGAGUUCCUGGCCGCGCUGCACGCCAUACUACACCAGACGUCGGCGCUCAGCGUCGCCGACCUCUUCCCGUCCUCCAAGCUCGCGUCGAUGGUCGCGACAGGGCCACGGAACGUUCUCGCGAACCGCAACAAAGUGGAGCGCAUCAUAGAGGAGAUCAUCCAAGAACGGAAGAACCAAAUCGAAACGGACAUGAUGAGCGGCAACGACGACGUUGGCGAUAAGGCGGCGGUGGAGAGCAAGUCAUGCUCUCUCGACGUGUUGCUCAGGCUCCAGAAGGAAGGCGGCACGCCAAUUCCAAUUACAAACCAAGUUAUCACCGUUCUUUUAUGGGACAUGUUUGGGGCUGGCACGGAUACGUCGUCUACAACACUGAUUUGGACCAUGGCAGAGCUCAUGCGCUCCCCAAGAGUAAUGGCAAAGGUGCAGGCUGAGAUGCGGCAAGCCUUCCAAGGGAAAAACACCAUAACUGAAGAUGAUCUUGCCCAACUAAGCUAUCUAAAGAUGGUAUUAAAGGAAUCGUUUCGAUUACAUUGCCCAGUGCCGCUAUUGUCCCCUCGCAAGUGCCGUGAGACAUGUAAGAUCAUGGGCUAUGAUGUACCCAAAGGUACAUCUGUAUUUGUGAAUGUGUGGGCAAUAUGCAGGGAUAGUAUGUAUUGGAAGAAUGCCGAGGAGUUCAAGCCAGAGAGAUUUGAAGAUAAUGAUAUAGAACUUAAAGGGAGUAAUUUUAAGUUUCUUCCAUUUGGCUCUGGUCGUAGAAUAUGUCCUGGGAUAAAUCUUGGGUGGGCCAACAUGGAAUUUGCCUUGGCUAAUCUUCUCUACCAUUUUGAUUGGAAUCUGCCCGAUGGAAUGUUGCACAAAGAUCUUGAUAUGCAGGAGUCGCCCGGUCUUGUUGCUGCUAAAUGCUCUGACCUAAAUGUGUGUCCAGUUACUCACAUUUCUUCGAGCUGUGCGUAAAUGCCAGUGUAACACAAUGCAUCUUCAAAAAGAUCAGAACAGCGCCCAUAGUAUAUGUAUGUACUGCCAGAUAUAUAUAUGGGGUUGGUAUAUAUGUGUGCUGUUAGAUAUGGGGUCUUCGCGAUUUCAAGAUAACUUAUGUACCUGAGCAGAAAAAACAUAUUGAGCCUACUUAUGUACGUACUUAUGCUCUUAAUAAUUGUACUGCCAAUGAAAUAAUUAAGUGUGUAUCUUGUACAUAUAAAAUACUAGGUGACCCGUAAAAUUACAUCCUAUUAAGUACUUGCAUAUCUGUAUAUUUGUCCACUACAAGGGAUUAGGCUUUCAGUGAUGAACUCUAGUGAUGAAACCCUCACUUCUCUCACUAGUAAGUGGUUGUAUAGUGACAAAUUAUUUUGCUGUCACCAUUGGACGGAUAUCUAGUGACAAACUGUUCUGCCAUCACAA